UUGUUGUCAUAAUGAUGAAGAUGAGUCUGGGUUCAUUAAUAUUCUACCGAUGGAAAAGCAUUAAGUUUUAAAAAAAUGGCAGCUGUGCAUCAAAGUCAUAAACUGCUGGGUGAGAAGUUCACAUGUCUGGUUUGUGGACAAGAAGGGCUGGAUGAGGCAUCAAUGCGGACCCAUGUACAGUUAGAACAUGUGGAAAACAACAACUGUUGUCCAUUCUGUGAUCUGGCUGGAAUUACUAGUGAUGAAAUGACCAUGCACAUCAAUGCAGUUCAUUUUGAUGAUGUAUCACAGUGGUCAAACAAUAAAAAACUGGAGGCAGACGUAACAGACAAAAAAGAAGAUCCGGAAAAGUUUGGUAAAGAGCAUGGUGGAGCCAUUCCUAAAAAUACUGAAAGGACAUUAAAACAUUCCCACAGUUUAGAACGAAGUCCUCAUAGGUCACCUUCAAGGAAAUCUGGAAUUCCAACAUCUCAAUCAGAAUCCAAUUUGCAUCGAAGAGGGCAGCUAAAACUAAACUUCAAUUCUGUCAAUGAACCAGGUCGUUCAAUAAGUGCAUCUGCAUCAACUGAGACACUUAGAGCUUUGACAUCUUCCACAUCUGUACGGACCUCAAUGUCUGCGCAUUUGAUGCAAGCUUCGUCUUCUAUAGAAGGUAUUGUUGAAGGUGACUCAACUCCUGAGGAAAUGGACCAGUCUUCAGCCAGCUGUAUGCGACCAAGAAUUCAUGGUCGUAUUCAAAGCCAGAACAGUAUUCCUGAGGAGAGUCAUGACAAUAACAAUGUUCCCUUGCAGCCUAAUCUUAAUCAAGCCCUUCAACCGGAUAUAAACGACAAUAUUGAACCUGAUAUUAACUCUAACAUGCCGGCAAGUUUUCUUUGUCCUCUUUGUCAAUUCAUCACAUCAUCAGAGAGUGUCAUACAAGCGCAUGUGAACAUGGCCCAUGUGGAUGUCCUAAGUCCAGCCAGACCCAGAACCACUGGGAUCAAUCACAUGCAGUCCAACAGAAGCUCAAAAGAAACAAUUGCUGACAAUUCUGCUAGUACUAGUCAAUCAGGUGCAAGUAACAUUCUUGAAGAUGAAUAUCUCUGUCCAAUUUGCUCACAGACAUUCUACAAUACAGCGACACUUAGUUUGCAUGUUAACCAAGACCAUGCCCAGAUUUUCAGUCCUGGCAGGCCCCUACCAGAUGGAGCUGAGGCCAGUGAACCUGUGGCAGGUCCUUCCUCAUUCCACUGCCCCGUGUGUGCCAUGGAGUUCUAUGAUAGGGGGAAACUGGAAGCCCAUGUUAAUGGACAUUUUUCAGCGGAACAGACACCUGUUCAGGAGCGCACUGACAAGCUGAUUGCUCAGGCUCUACAGGAGAAGGAGGAAGACAUUGCCAAACAUGCUGAGAAGGAAGAAUUCCAUAAACUGCAGGCCAUGUAUGGCAUGGUGGAAGGCACGCCUUACAAGAAAAAGUUUGAGAAGAACCUGGAGAAGGCCGUUGCCAAGGGUGACAUGACGGUCGUUGAGUUCCAGGAAAGGAAGAAUGGCUUUAAGUUUGCAGAGGCUCGAGGUGUUGAUGAUGGAGCAUCUUGUACCAAAGGUAUAAUUCAGCGACUGCAGGAGUACUACCGAGGUCCAACCCACGGUGUAGCACGGGCGUACCUGUGCACGAUUGUGGACCACUAUGCAGGCUCGUAUGGGGACACAGGCUGGGGGUGUGGUUACAGAAACUUCCAGAUGCUGCUCUCUGCACUCAUGACUGAGCCUACUUACUGCAAGGUCUUGUUUAAUGACAAGCCGGUGAUGCCUUCAAUCCCCAAGAUCCAGAGGCUCAUUGAGGGUGCCUGGGAGAAGGGGUUUGACAAACAGGGGUGUGACCAGCUAGGGGGGCGGGUUUUCAACACGGAGAAGUGGAUCGGCGCUACCGAAAUUGUGGCCACAUUGGCCUCUCUUAACAUAAAAUGCCGUCUGCUGGAUUUCCACAAACCUACAGGGCCUAAUGGAACACAUCCACAGAUGUUUGAAUGGGUCAAAAACUAUUUCCAAAAGGCGUCUGCUUUCAAACCCCCUCUUUACUUGCAGCACCAAGGACAUAGCAGAACGAUAAUUGGCAUUGAGGAACUAAAAGACAAGCACCUGCGCCUGCUGUUGUUCGAUCCAAGUGUCCGCAAGAAGCAGAUGACCGUGUUCCACAGCAUCGUGAAUGCCAAUAUCAUGAAGACCCUUCGCAAGCCUCUGGAGUACAUGAAGUCCAAACAGUACCAGAUUGUGGCUGUGACAGGGAUUUUAUCAGAACAAGAUUAUCAGGAGGCCAAGAUCUUACGUAGUGAAAAAAUUAGCUAAUAUCAUGCAACCAUGACAUCAUGCAACCAUGACAACUAGUAUGGACAGUUCAUGCAGUCAGUUGUGACGAGGUCUCCUUGAGGUUGUGAUGCAGACGACAUAAUACGGACCAGUCUGAGGCAUUUUUGUCUUCUUUCAGACUGGUUUACGAGAGUUGUGUCCUGUUUGUGACAUAUUUCUUUUCAUGCACACAGGUUUUUUGGAGAUUUUGGUCUUUUGUGUUUUCAUACACAUUUUUUCGAGAGAUAUAUGUUCUGUCAUUUGUGACUUCAUACAAACCAAAUCCGAGACAUUAGUUUCCUAUAAGUUUUUUCAGAAGACAAAGUAUGUGGCAUUUGUGUUGUCAAACAACUGAUUUGUGACAUUUGUGUCUUUUCACAAACCUGCUUGUCACUUGUGUUUAUGUUUAAAAAAAAUAUGUGACAAAAAUAUGUGGUAUAUUUUUCAUUCCUUUUUGUGUGAAAGUUAUGUCUUUAUACAAACGAUUGUGUUUUUUACUUGUUUUCAUGAAGCAAACCAUUCUAGUCAUUGCAAUUUCAUAAAUAUCAUUCCAUCAUUUGUUAUGCCCCCGGUUGGGUUGCAUAUAGCAGUUGAACUGUCCGUCCGUCCGAAAACUUUAACAUUGCCCAUUACUUUUGCAAUAUUGAAGAUAGCAACUUGAUAUUUGGCAUGCAUGUGUAUCUCAUGGAGCUGCACAUUUUGAAUGGUGAAAGGUCAAGGUCUGUUAUUAUUAAUUUUUUGGCAAAAUUACUGUCAUCAUGGCAUUUGAUUACCUUAAGAAUUAAUCAGCUUAUUUUGUUUUUGGUAUGAUUUUUAUCAUUUUUAAGCAUUUAAGAAAUAAGAUUGGACAAUCAGUGUACUGCUUAGCUUCCUAUGGGUAUAUCCUAUAUUUCUAAGGUUGCUUAGAACAGCAAAAACUGUUUCAUUUUAAUUGUAUUUGAAAUUUCAUACAAUUUACAUGGUAUUUUAAGAGCAGUAAUUUGAAUAUCUUAUUUGAUCUAUAAAUAAUGUACAAAGUGACCUUUUCAAUUGCGUAAGUGGAGAGACAGCCAGCUAUUGUUUUGGUAGAUUUAACCCCGGAAUAUUUAUCUAAAGUGUGAUAUGUACAUGCAUGUUCUUUGUUUGAAAUAUUUUAUGUGAUCAUGGUUAUCAUAAUAUAAAUUUAAUAUUUAAUUUCAUAAAUUACUUUUUUUGUUACAAACUCUAUCUUCUCAGAAUAGGUAAGUUUCUGUGGGUGUCAGCAGAAAGCCUUAGGGCCCAUGGCCCUUUGUUAUUAUUGACUUAAAAUAAAGGUUUCUAUUGUUAAAUUGCUUUCAAAAUGUAUGAUGUAUUGUCUUUCAGGACGAUUUUCACUUUAAAUUAUCAUGGGUCUGUGAUGUGUUUAAAAUGUAUGAAACUGUGUAUCCAUGUUAUAGUUUAGAUACGUAUAAACAUGCUGCUAAAUUUGUUGCAUAACAGCAUAGUUAUUCUAGUCAUUAAGUAUCAUCGUAUUGCUUACUAAGAACAUAACACAACCCAAUUUUACAGACUUGGUUCAAUACAUACACAAUAUAUAAGCCGAGCUCUGGGUAAGCCUGGCUCAAUGCAUGUGCGCAAAGUGUUGUCCUAGAUAAGCAUGUACAGUCCGCACAGGCUCAUCUGGAAUGACACUUCUCACUUUAUGGUAUUUUUCGUUUAAAGGAAAUCUCUUCUAAUAGACAAUCCAGUUUAGACUGAAAAUGUCGUCCUUGAUUAGCCUGCACAUGCAUUCAGCCCUGAUUUACUAGUUCUCCCUGCACAUGCAUUCAGCCCUGAUUUACUAGUUCUCCCUGCACAUGCAUUCAGCCCUGAUUUACUAGUUCUCCCUGCACAUGCAUUCAGCCCUGAUUUACUAGUUCUCCCUGCACAUGCAUUCAGCCCUGAUUUACUAGUUCUUCCUGCACAUGCAUUCAGCCCUGAUUUACUAGUUCUCCCUGCACAUGCAUUCAGCCCUGAUUUACUAGUUCUCCCUGCACAUGCAUUCAGCCCUGAUUUACUAGUUCUCCCUGCACAUGCAUUCAGCCCUGAUUUACAAGUUCUCCCUGCACAUGCAUUCAGCCCUGAUUUACUAGUUCUCCCUGCACAUGCAUUCAGCCCUGAUUUACUAGUUCUUCCUGCACAUGCAUUCAGCCCUGAUUUACUAGUUCUCCCUGCACAUGCAUUCAGCCCUGAUUUACUAGUUCUCCCUGCACAUGCAUUCAGCCCUGAUUUACUAGUUCUCCCUGCACAUGCAUUCAGCCCUGAUUUACUAGUUCUUCCUGCACAUGCAUUCAGCCCUGAUUUACUAGUUCUCCCUGCACAUGCAUUCAGCCCUGAUUUACUAGUUCUCCCUGCACAUGCAUUCAGCCCUGAUUUACUAGUUCUCCCUGCACAUGCAUUCAGCCCUGAUUUACAAGUUCUCCCUGCACAUGCAUUCAGCCCUGAUUUACUAGUUCUCCCUGCACAUGCAUUCAGCCCUGAUUUACUAGUUCUUCCUGCACAUGCAUUCAGCCCUGAUUUACUAGUUCUCCCUGCACAUGCAUUCAGCCCUGAUUUACUAGUUCUCCCUGCACAUGCAUUCAGCCCUGAUUUACUAGUUCUCCCUGCACAUGCAUUCAGCCCUGAUUUACUAGUUCUCCCAGCAUAUGCAUUCAGCCCUGAUUUACUAGUUCUCAUAUAGUACUCAAUAUGCUUAUUAUGCUGUUAAAUUUCUACAAAAAUGAUGCCAUUUACUUUGUUAAUAACUAAGAGUGAUCAGUGCAUUUGUGAAAGAAAUACAGCCUGUAAGCAUUGAUAUGUGUACACUUUUAAGUGUAAUUUAUAUUUUAGGAAUGUGGCUUUAUUAUGUCCCCCACCACUAUAGUGGGGGACAUAUUGUUUUUGCUCUGUCUGUUGGUUUCUUUGUUUGUUUGUUUGCCCCAACUUUUAACAUUUGCAAUAACUUUUGCAAUAUUCAAGAUAGCAACUUGAUAUUUGGCAUGCAUGUGUAUCUCAUGGAGCUGCACAUUUUGAGUGAUGACAGGUCAAGGUCAUCCUUCAAUGUCAAAGAUAUGGGUAAAAAUCGCUCAUUUAAUGAAUACUUUUGUAAUAUUGAAGAUAGCAACUUGAUAUUUGGCAUGCAUGUGUAUCUCAUGGAGCUGCAAAUUUUGAGAGACAUAGUGUUUCUGACAAACACAUAUCUUGUUUUUGUUUGUAAUUAAAUUUGUCUUAUUAUUACCACCUGAGAAAUGUGUAGUAGAAAUUUUGUUUGUUAACAACAGCAUCACAUGUAUAUAACGCAGGUUAACUUGUGACAGAAAUUACAUUUCUUUGAUUGAAUUCAGAUGUAAACAAAUUAGGCUAUUGAUCGUUUUUCAUACAACAUUUAAAAUAAUUAGAAAUAUUUUUACAUGAUUCAACCAAUCUUGUUUGUUGUUAUUGACUAAAGCGUUGCUAAGCUUGUUUGAUUAUGCAGAUGAUUUUCUUUGGCUUUAUAAUGUACUGUAUAUAGCAAACGAAAAUAAUCUUAACACUAUGUAAGCGGUCACUUUCCUUGGUUAAUUUUGCAAUAUUUGUGACAUUAGUAGUGUUAAUUUAUAGAAUGCAAUGUCUUUUUAGCUCCCCUGAGCACAACGUGCUCAUGGUGAGCUUUUGUGAUCGCCUUUUGUCCGUCGUCGGUCGUGCGUUGUGAAUAGUGCGGUGUCAACAUUUGCCUUGUUAACUCUCUAGAGGGCACAUUUAUUGUCCAAUCUUCAUGAAAUUUGGUCAGAAUAUUGUUCUCAAUGAUAUCUUGGAUGAGUUCGAAAAUGGUAACGUUUGCUUGAAAAACAUGGCUGCCAAGGGGCGGGGCAUUUUUCCUUAUAUGGCUAUAUAUGGCUAUAGUAAAAUCUUGUUAACACUCUAGAGGCCACAUUUUUUGUCUGAUCUUCAUAAAACUUGGUCAGAAGAUUCAUUCUUAUAAUAUCUUAGAUGAGUUCGAAAAUGAUGCUGGUUGGUUGAAAAACAUGGCCGUAAUUGGGAGGGGCAUUUUUCCUUAUAUGGCUAUUAUAAAACCUUGUUAACACUCUAGAGGCCACAUUUAUUGUCUGAUCUUCAUGAAACUUGGUCAGAAGAUUCAUCCCAAUAAUAUCUUGGAUGAGUUCGAAAAUGAUGCUGGGUGGUUGAAAAACAUGGCCACCAGGGGCCGGGGCAUUUUUCCUUAUAUGGCUAUUAUAAAACCUUGUUAACACUCUAGAGGCCACAUUUAUUGUCCAAUCUUCAUGAAAUUUGGUCAGAAGAUUGUCUUAUUGAUAUUUUGGAUGAGUUCGAAAAUGGUUACGUUUGCUUGAAAAACAUGGCUGCCAAGGGGCGGGGCAUUUUUCCUUAUAUGGCUAUAGUAAAAUCUUGUUAACACUCUAGAGGCCACAUUUAUAGUCUGAUCUUCAUGAAACUCUGUCAGACGAUUCAUCCCAAUAAUAUCUUGGACGAGUUCAAAAAUGAUGCUGGUUGGUUGAAAAACAUGGCUAUCACGGGGGCGGGGCAUUUUUCCUUAUAUGGCUUUAGUAAAACCUUGUUAACAGUGAUAUCUUGGAUUAGUUUGAAAAUAAUUAUGUUUGCUUGAAAAACAUGGCUUCCAAGAGGCGGGGCAAUUUUCCUUAUAUGGCUAUAGUAAAAUCUUUUUAACACUCUAGAGGCAACAUUUAUUGUCUGAUCUUCAUGAAACUUGGUCAGAAGAUUCAUCCCAAUAAUAUCUUGGACGAGUUCGAAAAUGAUGCUGGUUGGUUGAAAAACAUGGCCGCCAGGGGGCGGGGCAUUUUUCCUUAUAUGGCUAUUAUAAAACCUUGUUAACACUAUAGAGGCCACAUUUAUUUUCUGAUCUUCAUGAAACUUAGAAGAUUUGUCCCAAUAAUAUCUUGUUAUCUCAGGUGAGCGACUUUGGGCCUUUGAGGCCCUCUUGUUUUAAAUUUACAUUUUUUAAUGCGUAUUUAUUGGCAUAAACAUAAUCAUGCAUUUUCAUGGGUAACAUUCCAGUAUGAGCCAGCUUCUUGCGUAUUUCAGUCCCAAUUCUAUCAUCCUUGCAAACAUUUAAUGGGUUAUCAGUUGAUAGCUAAUGAUAUUAUUAUGGCAAAUAUGAUUGACAUCAAAAAUUGACUGCAACAUGUUUUCACAAGACCACCAAACAAUGCCGACCAUGCUUUUAAAUUAAAUGUUGAAAAUCUUUGAGAGACUCCGUUGACGAACGUUUUUACUGGACAGUGUCAUAAUCCUACUGUAAUAUUUCUGCUGAUGUCAAUUACAUCUUACGUGGCUCAAAUCAUUAAAAGAUAUUUAAUAACACCUUGCUGCUGUAUUUACUUCAUGUUAUGAUAAUCAUUGAUUUUUGUGUUGUUAUUUUUGAUCUUUAUUUUUAAUAAAAGCUCACACACACA